UGACCGUCCAAAGACAAGUAUAAAAUAGCCAAGUAUAAUACCAAUUAACUCCCAAUUAAGCCAUAAAUAUAAAUUGGCUACUGCUUCUUCUAUUAAAAUUCCAUGCUCUGUCUGGAAAUGAGCAAGCGCGCGCUACAUCCGGAUCUCCCGGUACGUGCCAGCACUUGAGUGUCGUGUCACCACCAAAAAUAAUAAAAAAAUACAAGCCUGCGCCUGUUGAUUUUGUCUUGGCCCGCCCGCCGCCGCCCCUUCUCUUUCGUCUCCUCCGCCACGGAAAGGGAAACCGCUUCUCCGCAUUUCCCACGUGUAAUUUUCAUCUUUCUUCUUCUUCCUCGUCUCAUCUACUCUAUCUCCUUUUUUAAUACUCUGUUUUCCCAACACCAUUCCUUCUUUUUCUAUCUGAGCUAGCUACUACUACUGGUGCAACUCCGUCACGACGCCCGCGUCCCCCCCCCCCCAUCCCCCCAUUCCCAUACAUACAUACAACACAUAGCUUCUCGACGAACCCGACCUCGAUUCGCCCACAAUGCCGGCCCGUUCUACUCGACGACGAUCGUCCCGUGUCCGCGAGGCUGCGUCGCAGUCCUCUGGCGAUGAAGCUCCCGCCGCUGUCGAUGCCGGCGCGUCCAAUGGCAACGGCAAGGCCAAGACCACCAAGCGUGCUGCCGCAAAGUCCGCCAGCGACGAGCCCAAAGAGAACAUCUUUCUCUUCUGGCCCAAUAUCAUCGGUUACUGCCGAAUCGUCCUCGCCUUCGCAUCGCUCUACUACAUGCCGCUGCACCCGCGGACAUGUUCGUUCCUCUAUAGCAUCUCGUGUCUACUCGACGCCGUCGACGGCCAGGCUGCCCGCUUCUUCAACCAGUCCACGCGCUUCGGCGCCGUCCUCGACAUGGUGACGGACCGCUGCACCACCUCGUGCCUGCUCGUCUUCCUUUCGUCCGCCUUCCCCCGAUGGGCCAUUGUCUUCCAGGGCCUCAUUGCCCUCGACUUCUCCAGCCACUACAUGCACAUGUACGCGACCCUCGUUGUCGGCGGCACCGACUCCAGCCACAAGAACAUUGACAAGUCCAAGAGCUGGCUGCUCAACCUCUACUACACCAACAAGACGGUCCUUUUCAUCUUCUGCGCCCUCAACGAGCUCUUCUUCAUCGCUCUGUAUCUGCUCUCCUUCUCCUCCCCACUGCUGUCCCCGCACCUCAUCAAGGGUGCGGAAGCCAACAGCGCUGCCUAUAAGCCCGGCCAGCCCGUCAACACCUCGAUCCUCAAGCAGCUCUUCCCGGAUCCCUUCUCCGCCGCGGCCCUCGAGAUGGCCCGUGCCAACAAGCUCGAUUCAACCGUCCCUUGGAUCCUUACUGCCAUUAGUGCCCCCAUCAUGUUUGCCAAGCAGUUUAUCAACGUUGUGCAGCUUGUCAAGGCCAGUAGAUGGCUCGCCGAGGUCGACAUCGAAUCCAGACGAGAGCAGGGCCUUCCCAAGAAGGCUAAACGAUCGUAAACGACCGAUAACAGCCUAGGCUGUAGAAUAUCUUUACGACAAUCACGGGGAAUGUCUUCUUCUUCUCCUACCUUGUCUCUCCUUUUGCCGUCAAUGGUUGGUUUCUAUAUCAAAAGGAGAGGGGCUACGUUUUACCCAUCUUUCGCUGUAUAAUUUGCACUUGGUUGCUUGAUUUCUUUCUCUCUUUUUUCUUCUUUUUUCUGUCAUCUGGUUUCGGGUCUACUAUUAAGGAAAAUCGCGGCUCGGUGGUCGCUUGCGCAUUUUUGCAAAGGGUUUUUAAGUCUUGGGAGCUGCGAUAUGCGCGCAGCAUCAAGCAGGACUGGGAAUUGGAUGGCUUGACUGGCGGAUGGCGGCAAUCUGGCAUCGCCUAUGUGUGUGUGCACUUUGGAGUCGUUCAUUGGCAACAUGACUUAGGGUUAACCUUCUUUCUUCUUCUUCUUUUCUUUUUAAUUCUAUCUUGUCAUAACUUCAUCCGUCUAUAUAUGCGUGUCGUUGGAUAUGAUAUAUAUGCUCGAGCUAACCACACUCUGGUUCAUCACCACCGCUUGUCUCUAUAGAAUGUCCGCACAAACCGCCAUCCAAAAUCAAAUCUUCAUUAUCCUCCAAGUUGUCCUGUACACGGCGCCAGCGAGUCUUUCUCGCAGUCUGCGAGUCACGGCCAACAGCGUCGGCUUCUGCGACAAACACCGGCUUCAUAACAGAGCCAAGCAGCGGGUUACCGCUAUAUGCGCCGCCCGUCUUCUUGGGAUUGCCGCUCGUCUCUGCAAAGACUGGUCCGGGCUGCUCGUCUUCUUCUGAGUCAGGCGUGCGUGGUCGCGAGGCAGGGGCGAUUUUGCGAACAACUUUGCCCUUGACAAUAUCAAUGCUGAUAACUUGCUGGCGCUUUUCGUACUCGGGCCGCGCGUUCCAUUCCAUCUCGCGCAGGAGUUUUUGCUGGCGCUUUAGCUCGCGCGCACGCUCUUCGGGAGUAGACCACAGGUUCCCACUCGACCCAGAGACUGCCACGCUGACGUCAAAGUCGGCAGCUUCGUCGCGAACAGUGGUACGCUGCGCAUUUUCGGCUUGGAAGUUGAGGAGCUUAUCACGGUGUUGGCGUGCUUUAUCGGCGGCCUCGGAUAAUGAUGGAUCGGUAGAGGGAGCUGCUGUGACUUUGUUCUGGGAGAAUGGCGCAGGCUUCUGCGAUAUCUCUGCACGCCGGUUCUGCGCCGCAUUGGCUGCCAUGCGUUCCUUUCCGCGGUCAUCUUUGAGCUGGCGAACCAUAGCUUGCACUUCGUCCGAUGACAACAAGGCCGUCCCGCAAAAUGUGCAGGGGCCAAGUCCCUCCUUCAUGCAAAUCACCUUGCCGCAAGAGAGGCAGUUGGGCGCAGCGCUUUGAAGAGGGUGUCGUGUGGCAACGCAAUUACAACGUCGAGCUUUCGGGUUAUCAAGUGUAGGAUUGGUGCUAGUUUCGAGCGUGCGAAUGGCUGCUUCAAGGUCAGCAAGAGCUGUGGACUGGCCAGCCAUGGGCGUGCCACCCGAUAUCGAGAUUUUGGUAGAGGUCGAAGAGGGUUUUGGUGUUGAGCUUCUUGACGUAGGGUUGGAUUUUGAUUUGGGUUUGGAGAGCGCAUCGGCAAUCAGGAAGCCUGCAGACGAGGCAUGUUGCUUUGGGGCGUGCUUAGGCGCAGGUUCGACGACGAUGGGUUUGGCUGCUGGUGCUGCUGGGGUUCCAGACCUGGGCGUACUGUUACUCGAGGAAGCGGUUGUCUUUUUGGGUUGUGAUGUGUAUCCAUAGUCUUCAUAGUCUUUUCUAUUGUAUACGGUGCCUGCUGGGCCGGCAUAGCUUGUUGCUUGUCGAGCUUGCGGCGUGUGUAGCGGGGCUUUUGGCUUCUUUGGCGCACGCUUAGUCUUGGGAACGGCGUCGAGUGAUUCGGUAUUAGCAGGUUUUCUCGACGGUACAGCAGCUACGGGCUUAGGAGGCUGUCUUUUCGCAUUGAAUGAGGCAAUAAAGUCGACGGCGAGGGGCGAGUCGCCGAGCAUGUUGGAGAAGUGUGUGACGGCAUCUUCCUUGGAGAGAGUGGCGGCGUAGUCGAGAGCUUGCUGGAGAUCCUCGUCUGGGAGGGGCAGCAGCUGUGCGAGCUGUGCCAGAGACAUGAUUGGUAGGCGAGUGUUGUGAGUAUGUGAGGGAAAGGAGAAGAGGAGCAAAAAAGAAGAAGGUGAGGAUGGAUAUCGGAUUUGGUGGUGUAGUUGAAGCAAAAGGCGAUAUUUGUGGGGUUGCAGCCUGGUGGCCGUCUUCGCCGGUGUGACGUGGUUUGAGCGUGGCGGAAGGGGUGUAAGGAGGAAAGGAUUGAGUGCGGCUCCGAGAUGCCCAAUUGGGGUUUAUAGGGGAGCGAUUGGGUUUGUAUGCUAACUGAGAUGUAUGUAUAAGUUCACGAUGGAUAUAUUUAGAAUGAAUGAUGC